AUCUAAGUAUGAUAGGAGCGUGAUAUGAGCGUUAUUACGAGGCUUGAGACAGAGCCCUGAGGCAAUGAGUAUGGAGAGAAGCGAGGGCAUCGGGAGCUCAGUGGUUCCUCAGUAAGAAGCAGCAGUGAAGAGCCAGGAUGGAUCCAGCAGUGAUGAAAGAACUGGAAAAGGAAAUGCAGAAUUUCCAGGUUACUAUGGGUCAUAUUGAGGGGGUCCCUCUCCUAGGGGCCACCUGUGACGAGUGGGACACAAUAUACAAUUUCCAGGCCCGGGAGGACGACAUUCUUAUUGCUACUUACCCCAAAUCAGGGACAACGUGGAUGCAGGAGAUCGUGGAUCUGAUAUUACAAGAGGGAGACGUACAGAAGAGCAUGAGGGCCCCGUGUUAUGUCAAAGUGCCCUUCAUAGACCAGGUACCAAAGAAGAACAUGCCAACAGGUGUGGAGUUGGCACAAAGGAUGGCAUCUCCCCGUAUCCUAAAAACUCACUUACCAAUUAACUUGCUGCCCCCCUCCUUUUGGGAGAAAAAUGUCAAGGUUGUCUAUGUUGCCAGAAAUGCCAAGGACUGUAUGGUUUCUUAUUAUUAUUUUCAGAAGAUAAACAAGUGUCUGCCCGACCCUGGGACCUGGGACAAUUAUUUCUCAGCAUUCCUAUCUGGAGAUGUGCCAUGGGGGAGUUGGUUUGACCAUGUACUUGGUUGGUGGAAAGCUAUGGACAAACACCAGAUACUCUUUGUCUUCUAUGAGGACAUGAUCAAGGACCCAAUGCAUGAGAUUCAGAAAGUCAUGAAGUUCCUUGGGAAGGACUUGUCUGAUGAGGUUCUGGAGAACAUCAAGUUUCACACUUCCUUCCAGGCAAUGAAGGAAAACCCUAUGACAAAUUACAGUACACUUCCCAAUAUAAUCUUUGACCAAACCAUAUCUCCUUUCAUGAGAAAAGGGAUUGUGGGGGAUUGGAAAACCCAUUUCUUAGUUGCACAGAACAUUAUCUUUGAUGAGGAAUACAAGAAGAAGAUGGAGGGCAGUGGGCUAAACUUCCACAGUGAAAUCUGAUAGAGAACAAGAUCUAAAAACCCAGUGGAAAUUGCCUACCUCGUCAUCACACUGGGGACAACCUGUGCCCACAAGUUUGUACAGGAGCAAUAGGCACACGAAGCUCAAUAAUUCUCCUACUACUUUUUAUUUUUAAUUUGUCAAUAUAAGUAAAUGGUUUGUUAAAUAUCUGUUCUUUGUGAGAUGCUGAAGGAUUUUGUUCAUUUGUAAAACUGUUUGCAAGAAUUUUGAUAAGUUCCUGAAGGCCAACUGAGAAUUCAGUAACCAGCCUUAUGGCCAUAAAGGGCAGUAUGGUGGAACAGUGGUUAUGAGCAAGGGUCCUAGUUCCUCAUCUGCAAUGAGUUUAUAUAUUCUCUGCAGGCACAUUAAGUGGUUCCUAAUGGUGUAAGUGAUAGGAACUUUAGAUUGUAAUGGGAAUAAUAUAUAGUCUCUAUAAAAAGCUGUGUGAUAUGUUGGUUGUAGAUGAAUAAAAGACUAUGUAAAUAAAAGAUUAUAAUCUGCUGAAUAUGA